ACAGAACACCGGAGGGACCAGGUUUUGGGUUCCCCCAAAGGGUUAGGGUUUGUUGAUGGUAGGGAGGCUGAGUUCCAGAAAGUGCUCUAAACUUGGGCCAAGGAUUAGACAGGACCACAGAAUCCCGCGGUUGGUGAGAGGAGCUUCGACUGGGAUUUAUAGGGGUGUGAACAGCAGAUCGCCGGGGCGGCCCUAGGCAAGGCCUGCGUCGCUAUGGGUUCCACCGCUGCCCCCGAAGAUGCGCUGGGCUAUGUCCGCGAGUUCACUCGCCACUCCUCCGACGUGCUUGGCAAUCUGAACGAGCUGCGCCUGCGCGGGAUCCUCACUGACGUCACGCUGCUGGUUGGCGGGCAACCCCUUCGCGCUCACAAGGCAGUUCUUAUCGCCUGCAGCGGCUUUUUCUAUUCAAUCUUUCGGGGUCGAGCAGGAGUGGGGGUGGAUGUGUUGUCCCUGCCUGGGGGCCCUGAAGCCAGAGGCUUUGCUCCACUUCUGGACUUCAUGUACACUUCGCGCCUGCGCCUCUCUCCUGCCACUGUGCCAGCUGUCCUUGCGGCCGCCACGUACUUGCAAAUGGAACAUGUAGUCCAAGCAUGCCACCGCUUCAUUCAGGCCAGCUAUGAACCUCUAGGCAUCUCCUUGCGACCCCUGGAGGCGGAACCAACACCACCACCAAUGGUCCCUCCAUCAGAUAGUCCUAGGCGCUCCGAAGGACACCCAGACCCACCUACUGAAUCUCGAAGUUGCAAUCAAGGUUUCCCAAGUCCGGCGAGCCCAGACCCAAAGGCUUGCAAUUGGAAAAAAUAUAAAUUCAUCGUGCUAAACUCUCAGGCCUCCCAAGCUGGGAGCCUAAUGGGAGAGAGGAAUUCUGGACAACUUUGCCCUCAAGCCAGGCUCCCCAGUGGAGAUGAGGCCUCCAGCAGCAGCAGCAGCAGUGAAGAAGGACCCAUUCCUGGUCCCCAAAGCAGACUCUCUCCAGCUGCCACCAAUGGACAAUUCAAGUGUAGAACUCCAGGCAGUACCCACUAUCUCCUCACACCCCAGGCUCAGGAGACUACUGGAUCACCCUCUAAACGAGCUUGUCCACCACCAGGAAGUGAGUUUUUCAGCUGCCAGAACUGUGAGGCUGUGGCUGGGUGUUCUUCAGGGCUGGACCCCUUUGCUCCUGGGGAGGAGGACAAGCCCUAUAAGUGUCAGCUCUGUCGGUCUGCCUUCCGAUACAAGGGUAACCUGGCCAGUCACCGCACAGUGCAUACAGGGGAAAAGCCCUACCAUUGCUCCAUCUGUGGAGCCCGAUUUAACCGGCCAGCUAACCUGAAAACACACAGCCGCAUCCAUUCUGGAGAAAAACCCUACAAGUGUGAAACUUGCGGUUCCCGCUUUGUACAGGUGGCACACCUGCGUGCACAUGUGCUGAUCCAUACCGGAGAGAAGCCCUACCCUUGUUCUACCUGUGGGACCCGCUUUCGCCACUUACAGACCCUCAAGAGCCAUGUUCGAAUCCACACAGGAGAGAAGCCUUACCAUUGUGACCCCUGUGGCCUGCAUUUCCGGCACAAGAGUCAACUUCGGCUGCAUCUACGCCAGAAACACGGAGCUGCUACCAACACCAAGGUCCACUACCAUAUCCUUGGCGGUCCCUAGCUGAGCACUGGCCGAGACCCCACUUGCUCGCUGGAGGAUGGGAAAGCUGUAGAUCUGGCCUGGCUUCCCUGCCAGUCUUGGUGUGGAGUUGUGCAAGGCAACUCUGGUGUCAGAAACCACUGCCACCGUAAGUUCUUGCUGAGGAGAGCAGAAGUGGUAGAUUCUGGCUAGAUCUGCCUCUGUUUUGCUGGUCAAAACCUCUUUCCCACAAUCUAGAUUGUCUAACUAGAGGUUGGAGGAAGAAAGAGAAUGGAGGCCUUGUUUCCUUAAGGAAACAGCUCUCUGCCUACAACCUCAUUUCAUCUGAUUUAUCUGUAAAUAUAAUUUAUUGAGGCCUUUGGGUGGCACCAGGGCCUUCAUUCUGUUGCAUUUCCAACUUCCCUCUUCUACAAGUGUGAUCAAAAGUGACCUGAAACAGGGAAGGUGAGGUCACAGCUCUGCUGGCAGAGAUUAUUAUUAGCACUUGGCUCUCCUUUGGCUUGAAUUUUUUUAUGUUGUAUUAUCAUAACUUUUAUCUUUAGAAUUGUUCUUUGUUCACUUGUUGGUUUAAGUGGGGGAAAAAAAGGGGUUCUCUGUAUUCUACCCCUCCAGUUCUAGGUCUGGAACCUUUAUGUGUUCUUGGGCAAGCCCUGGGAACUUGUGGAAUUGGGGCAGGAACCCUCUCUGGUAUUCUCUAGCAGGCUAGAAUUGAAUGUAGAGCAGUGAUAGGGAACCUUUUAGAGCUUUCAGUGAUGCAAACGGCCCACUGUGGCAUGCGUGCCGUAGGCUUGCCACGACCAACAGACUCUUCUUUGCUCUUCAAAAGCUAUAGGAACCUUUACUGUGAGCCUGAAUUUGAGGUGAUGAAUGGCUCCUGCAGGAUGGAGGUGUGGGCACUGGAUUUUGUAUUUGCUGUUUUGUUUCUUAAAGACAGUCCUGUAGUCCAGGCUAGUCUUGCACUCAUUACAUAGCCCAGACUGGACUUGAACUCAGAAUCCUCCUGCUUUAGUCUCCCAAAAUGGAGGCUUGAAGUCUUUCCUACAAGAUGGUCCAGAAACAAAACUGUCCCAUUAACCUGGUCACCUGGGUUUGGCUGCACUAUGUGUAUCUGUUACCUAAGUGUUGAGUUGAGGUCUGAAAUUCCUUAUCAGAGAUGCUGUGAUCUUUUCAGAGUCCACCAAGUCUAAGAAUAUUGUGAUCUAGGGAGAAUUGUGAAACUCUGUUUGUUUUCUUGUUUGUUUGUUUUUAGCGGAACAGGGGAUUGAACUCAGGCCCUUGUGCUUGCCAGGCAAGCACUUAUUCUACUGAGCCAUCUCCCUGGCCCCUGAAACUCUGUAUUUCAACUAAAGAGUCUUGACCAAUCCAUUAGUCCAGAAGCAUCUGGGUUUGAAUAUUCCUUGGUGUUCUCUCUAUGUGUGAUAAGCCCCUUCUGCCUUGUUUUUGGACCUUUUCUGGCAAGUGUCCAGAUUCCAGAAACAACUUUUUGCCUCUAAAAGUCACCAUUGCUUGGUAACUUUCUUAGCUUAAAAAAGCUGGAUCAGUGACACAGUCUAUCACUGAAUUCCUGUCUGGAACCAGUGAAUGCAUUAGAACCUUCCACAAAGAGAAAAAUGGAGCUGGAUUUGAAGUUUUGAAUUAUGAUUUGCAUUAUUGUUGGACUUAUAGAUUUAAGAGACUUAAAGACUGGUUGACUCAUGGGCCAAACACCUCUUUCAGUUGACUGAGAUGCCAGGUAGGAUUAAGAAGUUGGCUGGCUAGAUAGCUCAGUGGACUAAACACCUGUUUAGGUAAGCUUAGGGACCCGGGUUUGAUCCC